AUGCAAAGCCGACGAGACCGUGCAGCUCAUUCUGAUUUGCCGAUUUCCAAGGGUGCCGUGGAUGACGCCUUGAUGAGGUGAGCGCUGCUCAUUGAGCUCAAGGGCUGCUCAAUCAAGCCACACCGAGCUUCGCAGCCCCCAUCAAGAGUCAAAACCGAUGUCGAGCUUUUCGGAAUCUUCACUGAAUCUGGAACUGCAUCUGAGCCCCGAACCACCCAGACUGGAUUCCAGCCCUGUGCUACGGUAA